AUGCUAAAACUUCUAGGGCCCCAUCAUAAUAAACUACUUUCACCAACUGUAAGAAGAUGUUUCCAUCAAAAUACUCGUCUAUUUAAUGAUUUCGAAACUGUUCAUGUUUCUAAUACAAACAAUUAUAAGAAUAUAUUGAUGGAACAAGGUAAAUUCACACAUGAGCAAUCUAGCGCAAUUGUGAAUUUGAUGAGUGAUGCAAUUAAAGGUGGCGUGGUUCAUGUUUCUAAAGAUUUAGCUAAAAGAGAAAGAUUAACUCAAUUAACUUACCAACAAAGGGUCGAUUUUGCUAAACUGAAGGACCAAUUACUAAGUGCGGAUAGGAAUGAGUUUCAUAAUAUUCAAAAUGAAUACGAGAGAAUAAAGAAUGAUUUGGAGAAAUUAAGGAAUAAAUUGAAAGAGGAGAUUACGAAGGCAAAUGCCGGAUUUAAACUAGAUUUAUCGUUGGAAAAGGGUAGGAUAAGGGAAGAAAGUAGUCAUCAUAACUUACAAAUUAAAGAAAUUGAUUCAAGGAUAGAUCAAGAAGUAUCUAAUAUGAAAAUGCAAAUUGAUUCCGUCAAGACUCAAGUUAUGCAAUGGUUGAUUGGUGUAUGUACUGGUACAUUUGCAUUAGUACUCGCCUAUAUAAGACUAUUAUCUUAA